ACCUUUCCACCAAAUACUCCUGGCACUAAGUUGGAUGUUGUCGCUCGACAUGUUCCUUGGCGUUAUCAGUGCGAUUACGCUCACGGAACCGGACAUGGUGUCGGUGCUUUCCUUGGCGUGCAUGAAGGUCCAAUCGGAAUGUCGGGCAGUCGACUUGAGGCCAUGACUCGUAUGGGCAUGAUUGAACCAGGCAUACAGAAAGACAUGGUAAAUUGCUAUUUACUAAUCUUUCGAUGA